GAGAUGAAGAUCGUAACACAAGCUAAAGUCUCAUACUCAGAUAAAAAGGCAAGACAUUUGUAGUAGUAGUUGUGUUGGUGAUAGCAAGUCAUGGCUGGCGCUGGAGUUCACACCCUUGUAUGCCUUGUGCUGGCAUUUGCAUUAAUCACCUCGCCCCACGCUGAAGCUGCUAUCACUUGUGGGCAGGUGGUUGGUGCACUGUCUCCGUGCAUUUCUUACCUCCGCACGGGGGGAGCUUUGCCACCUGCUUGUUGCAAAGGCAUCCAAACACUAAAUAACAGUGCCAAGACCACAGCCGAUCGCCAGGCGGCCUGCGGGUGCAUCAAGAGUGCCUCAGCAGGCAUCUCUGGCCUCAAUUAUGGUCUAGCUGCCGGACUACCGGGGAAAUGCGGUGUCAGCAUUCCUUACAAGAUUGCCCCGUCGACCGAUUGCACUAAGGUGAAGUGAGGAGUUGGAGAGAAGUGGCCUUCGUAGGUUUGAUAAUGUGAGAAUAAAUAGGGCACAUUAGCUUAGAUGGGUGCUCUUGUUGCAUGAGACCCUCGAGUGUCCUUCGAUCUGUUUUUCUUUUCCCUAUGGAACUUUGUAUGGUUUUUAUGUAAGAGGAUAUGAUAUUUACUUUACUCUCUC